GUCAAUCAUGCGAAGAAGGUAGAUCGGAGUCCAUUCCGGGUAUCUCUGUGCGUCUACCAACCAUGUCGGGCAAGCGUCUGCUGGACGCGAUCCAAUUGUGCAAUGUCGCUGGAACUGUCGCGGCCAAGCACCUGGCCGUGCGUCAGCGCCAGCUCGAUCUGUUCACCAGAACCUCGUCCCUCACCAAGGGCAUCCAGAGCCAGGUAGAGGGGCUGUGUCUGACCGCUCAGGCUGCGGCGGCCCUGGCAAAGCGAUUUAACGAUUCCCCGUCGCCUUCCGCUUCUCAAUCCGCACCGGCCCCCUCACCGCAACCUCCCCGUCCGACCACCACCGAACCGCGCGCAACGAGCCUCUCCCCGGACGAGGCGAGGAAGGCACAACGGCAGGCGGAGGAUCAGAUCCCGUCUUUGGCGGCGGGCCAUAAUGGAGGUGCUCCCAAUCCAUUGGAUGUCAGCCAGCAGCAGGAUGUGUACUACGAACCCUCCAAGACCACGACUCCGGGAUUGUCGGGCCUUCCCAGGGUCAAACUACCCAAGGCUGCCAGCGACAUCCAAACCGCCGUCGACAGCAAUAUCAACGCCGAUGUUUUCAAUUCCCCCGUCAGCAAGGAGAAGCCUGUGUCAUCUGAGAAGCCUACGGUGGGACAGGAAGGGGAGAUCUCGGACGAGAUGAUGCAGGAUAUAUUCCACAGCCCGAAGGUUGCGAAGAUGCUGUCUCGGCAGGCGGCCGCGGAUCUGAGCUAUAAGGGACGAAGCGCAAUGCCUCGUCAGGCGGAGCCAGUCAGUAAUGAAGAUCUACUGAAAGAGGAGGCCCGGGUUGUGGAGGAGAUGGUUUCAGGCAACACGCCGGUAGAAUCGGAAACCGCCGCAGCCCUCAAGCAGGAGGAGACCUACAAGAUGAUGGAGUCGCGUGUGCCAUCUUCGCGAAUCGGGAGAUUGUGGCAGUACGGUGGACUGGCCACCUCCAUGGCGUUCGGAGCCGUGGGCGAGAGUCUGCGCCGAGUGACUGGAGGCCAGGGCGAAAGCACCGGGUCUCUCAUGUUCAGCGCUGGGAACACAGAACGCCUCGUCGCGAAGCUGUCCAAGAUGCGCGGAGCCGCCCUCAAGCUGGGACAGAUGCUGAGCAUCCAAGACACCAAAAUGCUCCCCGACUCCAUCCACCAGGUCCUGCAACGAGUCCAGGACCGCGCAGACUACAUGCCAGCCUCGCAACGCGACAAAGUCCUAACCGACAACCUCGGCCCCAACUGGCGGGACCUCUUCUCCUCGUUCGAAGAAAUUCCCAUGGCGGCCGCCUCCAUCGGACAAGUGCACGGCGCCGUCCUCAAAAGCACCGGGCAGCCCGUUGCCGUGAAGAUCCAAUACCCGGGCGUCGCCGACUCCAUCGACUCGGACCUCAGCAACCUCUCCAUCCUCCUCACCGCAUCUCGCCUCCUCCCCCGCGGCCUCUACCUCGACAAGACCAUCGCCAACGCCCGCACCGAACUGGCCUGGGAAUGCGACUACCUCCGCGAAGCCCAAUGCGGCGCACACUUCCGGGACCUCCUAUCCUCCGACCCCGUCUUCCACGUCCCCGCCAUCAUCCCCCACGCCUCCGGCAAACAGGUCCUCACCAUGGAACGCCUACAAGGCCAACCCGUCACCAAGAUCCAAACCUUCUCCCAAUCCCAGCGCGACUGGAUCGGCACCCAAAUCCUGCGUCUCUGUCUCCGCGAAAUCACCGAAUUCAAAUACAUGCAGACCGACCCCAACUGGACCAACUUCCUCUACAAUUCCGAGACAAACCGUCUCGAACUCCUCGACUUCGGCGCCUCCCGCGAAUACCCCACCGAAUUCAUCUCCAAAUACAUCAACACCCUCAUCGCCGCCUCGCGGAACGACCGUCUCCGCUGCGCAGACCUCUCUCGCGAGCUGGGUUAUCUCACCGGCCACGAAUCCCAGGCUAUGGUCGACGCGCAUGUCACCUCGGUCAUUACCAUCGCGGAGCCCUUCAUGGAUGAUUCGCCCGAUGUGUAUGAUUUCAGGAACCAGACCAUUACGGAUCGUGUCCGUGAGCUUAUUCCCGUUAUGAUUCGCGAGAGGUUGACCCCCCCGCCGGAGGAGACGUAUAGUCUGCACAGGAAGCUGAGUGGUGCGUUCUUGCUCUGUGCCAGGUUGGGUAGUAGGGUGCCCUGUAAGGAGCUGUUUCGGGAUGCGGUGAGAGGGGCGGAGCGCGCAGGGACGAUUUAGGGCGUGGGUCCUAGGGCUUAGGGAUUAGGGGGCAAGGGGUGUAUUGGUAUCGAUCUACCUACUUAUCUACUAUGUAGGGUAGGGAGUGGGGUGAGUUUGUCUGCUCUGGAGAGUGAGUGUUAUUGGUGUUGUUGUGUGGUUGUUGUGUGGUUUUAGGUUCUUGUGGAAAGGGGAAAUAGGAGGGAAUGUGAUGGGGGGAAACUGUAUUAUCCACUCUUGUAUAUUAAAUUGAUGUUGGUGUUGAUGUUGGUGUGG